AUGUCCAGGGUGAUUACACGGGUGGUGAACGAAGGUGAUAGAAACUACCCUUUUCCAAAUUUCCUGACCAUGUAUUUGAAUGAUCUAGAUGUGGAGAAGCGCAGAUUUGAUGUGAAAGUGAAGGCCAAGGCACCUUUCUCCUGGUACAACACCAAGGGUCCUGACAACCCCAAAGACCCUAAGGGCAAAGCCCCUACUUCUGCUGGCCAGUCUGAAGAGCCAGUAGUUGUAGUGACUCCUUCUCAGCCUCCUUCAGCUACACCAGACACGACCCGAGGACCCUCCACUUCUACUGUCCCAGAUAUCCCUUCAUCUUCAGCCUACCCGUUGAUUGCCCACCACUUGAACCAGACCCUUGCUAGUAUCAACAACUUGAUGCAGGCAGCGACUUCUAAGCUGUCUGUUCUGUCUACCUCUGUAGAAGCCCAGUCGGUACCACCUCAGCCACAGCUCCCGCAGUCAGUGGAGGACACUCUCAAGGAGCUUCUGGACAACCAGAAGUUAAUAUUGGAGGCUGUGGAUUCUCAUGGAAAAGCACUGAAGGAGCUCACCAAAGAAACAAAGAAAUUGAGGAAGACUCGGGCAUCCAAGGAGUCGGUGAAAGAGUUGAGGGCGGAUGUGGAGAAGAUGAAGGUGGAUCACUCGACUUUUGACCUUCUAUUGCAUGACCCAGGUCCAGCAGCCCAGCCUGAGCCAGAGCGGGAGACAAAGAGGCCAGCAAAGAGGAGGAGGGUGAUUCCUCGUGCUGAUGAUGCUGUUAUAGAGUUGGAGGACCCGCAGGGAGGUUCCUCUAGCCAACCUCAGAUUCCAGUACAGGCCCAGGACUUAAUACAUGCCCAGGUCCCAGUGGAGACACAGAACUCAGGGAGCCAGCCGCAGGUUCCCGAGCAGACCGAGGACCCAGGGACCCAGCCACAGGAUCCCAUGCAGGCGGAGGGCCAAUAG